UGCUCAUAGACAUCAAUGUUAUUUCUGCAGCUUGAAAGACAGCGACUUUUGAUAAAACUGGCCUUGUAGUACAUUGUCUAGCUUACAGCGAUUUGAAAGAGGCAUUGUUUAUGUUUUUAAAACGUAUAUCUCAUGAGUUAUUGAUGCCGGAAGUCCGAAUCUGUGAAUAUCUUGCCAACUUUACCUAACUCGGUGAUGGUUUGUGUUAGAUUUACUGAAAGCGUGUCUGUGUAUACCAGAGGCAUAGUUGGCGUUUUGUUUAAAGUUAAAAGAUUUUUAACAAAAAAAAAUCUGAUCUCUUUUUUCUUACGAUGCGUCUACUCUUGUAGUUUCAGUGCGGCUCUUCCUGUUCUUUGCUACGACUCUGUGUUAAGUGUUCACGCUGAGCUCUGUUUGACUUGGUCUCCACCCAUUCGUGCUGCGCUGGUGUCAAAUCAAAGCAACCUCGUCCAUAGAGAGCAGCUCACUGACACACAGACAGACUGACAGACAGACAGCUGGACAGAACACGCUUUAUCAGCAUGGAUGUCUCAGAGGAGGAUGACUACUACUACCAUGACAACAUAAGCUUCAACUUCAGCUAUGAUGACUAUCCUGCCCUGUGUGAGAAGGGGGACAUCCGGUCCUUCGCAGCCCUCUUCCUCCCCGUCAUAUACACUGUGUGCCUUCUGGCAGGGCUGGCUGGAAACGCUUUAGUUGUGGCUGUAUACACCUACCACAAACGCCUGAAGACCAUGACGGAUGCUUUCCUGAGCCACCUGGCUGUGGCAGACCUGCUCCUGCUCUUCACGCUGCCUUUCUGGGCAGCUGAUGCUGCGAGGGGCUGGGAGCUGGGGGAGGUUGUCUGUAAGAUCGUGUCGGCUUGCUACUCUGUGAAUUUCACCUGCUGUAUGUUGCUGCUGGCCUGCAUCAGCUUGGAUCGUUACUUAGCUUUAGCCAGAGUGCAAGGUAAAGGUCAAAGUGGGCAGCUGCAGAGGGUGUUCUCCAGGAGACACUGCUGGACGGUGUGUUUAGUUGUGUGGGCGACAGCUUUCCUCCUUGGUCUUCCUGAUUUAAUACUGUCAGAAGUGAGGUGGGCAUCUAACAGGAACAUCUGCCUGGCUAUCUAUCCUCCCUCUAUGGGUCGAGGUGGUAAAGCUGCCCUGGAGGUAGCUGAGGUGUUGCUGGGAUUCCUGCUUCCUCUCCUGGUGAUGGUGAUCUGUUACUGUAGCGUGGGCAGGGCGCUAAAGGGCCUCCCUAUAGAGAGCCAAGGCAGGAAGUGGAAAGCUCUGCGUGUUCUUCUAAUAGUUGUGGGGGUGUUUGUAGUCACUCAGCUGCCAUAUAACGUGUUGAAGGUGUACCGUGCGAUGGAUUCAGUCUACUCGUUAGUGACUCACUGCGGGACAAGUAAAGUGCUGGAUCAGGCUGCUCAAGUGACAGAGAGCCUGGCCCUCACUCACUGCUGCCUCAACCCAAUCCUCUAUGCCUUUGUGGGGUCUUCAUUCAAGCAGCACAUGAUGAAAGUGGCCAAGAAGUUUGGAGAGAAGCGAAUGAAGAGGAGCAGAAGAAGAGAAACUCCUGCAGAACUGUUGGGGAUGGAGAUGUCUUGUAACUCUCACAGUGCAUCCCAAGAGACAAACACAUUCUCAGUCUGAGUUAUGAUUAAUACACCACAGUAAAAAUCACCCAAAGUCACAUAUGUGACACAACAGAGGUUAGUUAUUCUUUGGUGUAGUAUUGUUGAGGAAAAGGCAGCAGUAGCAUGUUUGGAAGUCAGUAAGUCCUAUAAAAAAUUCCAUUGGUUUUAACACUCCGCUCCCUCCACAUCAAAACAUGAUAUUGUCAACAAGUGUUCUUCUAUUAAAGCUGACUUUCAUAGAAAAUAUUCUUGUUUACUUUCAAACAGCAAAGAAAGUCACAUUUCUCUCUGUUGUGAGUGUUGCAAGAAAAAAGGGGUUUGUGUCCAGAUCAAGAAAGAGAAAAGCACCAGGUUCAUUUUUAACAGUAAACAUGACAAUAAGCACUGUAAGCUUAAACUGUAAUAUGAAUAUUUUGAGAUAAUGUUUGCGAUUUUCAAGAGCUAUAGCCCAAAAUCAUUCAAAGUAAAACCAAAAAAAUGCUCCACUUUACUUGUAAUGAAUCUAGAAUAUAUUCAGUUUUCCUAUUCUUAAAUAACUGAUGGAAAAUAAACUUUCUUCACUAUAUUCUAAAUCUUCAAGAUGCGCUAGUAUAUUGGUAUCUGACCCAAAAAUCUGGUAAUUACUCUGCCCACACAGUACUAAUGAUGUUGAUUCUUGAACUUCAUAUACAGAAGAAAAAACGAGAUCUGUAUUGAAAACUAUUUAACAGCUGGAGCUCUUCUCUGUGAAAAACAACUCUGUAACUGCAAGUUGUGCUUGUUUUAAUUAUAAUCAGCCUGAUGUUACACAUCUGCGUAAACCAGAUGCUCAUUCCUGCACCUAUCAGUCAGUGAGUGAACACUUUGAUCCUCUGAUAUUGUUCCAGUUGAACUAUGUGCUCUCUGAUUUUGUGUUUUCUCAGCUAAAGAUUACUGUGACUUUGUGAAAAUUAAAAGAUAACAGAUAUCAAACCAUCCACACAAAAGCUUUUACAUCCAGUGGGAUUUAGGUGUAUUUGAUGUGGGAAAACAACAUUUGCAGUUUCCACGAAUUCCUCAGAACAUCUGAAACUCAGACUUUAUGGACACGCAUGUCUGAGUUUUCCUCACAACAGUCUGAAACUUCUGGUAAUUUUUUUAAUGAGGUGAUAAAAUGUUGAUAAUCAGAUUUUAUCACCUCAGAUGUUUUUUAAUACUGAUUAAAGGUGACUUGGAAAACAUUUACUAACGUGUAGCUGCACAAAAAGGAAGCGAUGGACAUUUACUAUUGUAGUCCAGUAUUAGCCUUAAGCUGACAGACAUAAACAGCACUGAGUGAUUAUCAUUUCUUUUCCAAAUAGUUUUUUCUUUUACACCUUGUUGUGUCAUUAAUCUCUCAGAUAAAAUGUAUAAAAGCAAGUGUCUACACUUUUUUAUGAAUUAUCCAAGGAAUUGUUUUACAUUUUCUGUUUUUGUUCCAUGUCCCAGCUGGUAUACAGAUCAGGUGAUGGUUUAUACUGCAGGUCAUUCUCUGGCACACACGCUGUCAUAUGGAAACCAUCUGACUCAAGUUUACCAUCUGUUAACAGAGGAAAACACUUUAAUCAGCCAAAAAAACAAAAGAAAAGGUCUGAUUCCAGGGAUCAGCUGUCAGAUCAUGUGUGAUAAAUACUUCCUUCUGUAAACUUUAAGACAACUUUGAAAUUUCCCAAAAAAGUC